AAAAAAAUUCGGUGCAUCGGAUCACUGGCGUGCCCCACCAUGUCAGACACGGCUGUGGACACCAGCUCCGAGAUCACCACCAGGGACUUAAAGAAGGAUGUUGUGAAGGCAGAAAAUGGAAGAGAUGCACCUGUGAAUGGAAACGCUAAUGAAAAUGGAGAGCUGGAGGCUGACAAUGAGGUAGAAGAAGGAGAGGAGAAAGAGGAAGGUGAUGGUGAGGAAGAGGAUGGAGAUGAAGAUAAGGAGGCUGAGGCAUCUACGGGCACACGGGCAACUGAGGAUGAUGAGGAUGACUAGACAGCAAAAAAGGAAAAGUUACACUUAAAAGAAAAAAGGACUCCGUGACCUAGUC